AUGAGGGAGAGUUUCCACGUUACUGAUGUGCUCGAUCAGAAAUUUAGAGAUGCCUGUGAGCUCACACUGGACCCAAACACAGCUAACAGACAUGUCUCUCUCUCUAAGGGGAACAGAAAGGCGGAUUGGGUGCCUGAAACGCCGUAUCCUGACCAUCCAGAGAGAUUUGACUCCUGUGAACAGGUGCUGUGUAGAGAGGGUCUGUCUGGACGCUGCUACUGGGAGGCUGAGUGGAGUGAUGGUGGGGGUGAGAUAGCAGUGGCCUAUAAAAGCAUGCAGAGGAAAGGGGAGAGUGUUCUGAGCAGCUGGUUUGAACUUGAGAGUGGGACUGCUGACUGUGUGUUUGGACGUAAUGACAAGUCCUGGAGUCUAAAGUGCACUCAUAACAGUUACUCUGCCUGGCACAAUGAUAAGAAGACUGCCAUACCUGCCCCCUCCGACUCCAGCAGAGUAGGAGUGUACCUGGACUGGUCAGCAGGCACUCUGUCCUUCUACAGCGUGUCCUCUGACACACUCACCCACCUGCACACGUUCCACUCCACGUUCACUGAGCCCCUUUAUCCUGGGUUUGGGUUUGGAUUUGACUUUUGGUUUACGGAUUGUAACUUCUCAGUGUUCCUGUGCCAGGUCACAUGACCUCCUAACCCUGCAGAAACAACAAAGUCUGCCAAGAAGUCAUACUCUUGUUCAAAAACAAGAUGGAAAAUAUUGAUAUUGUAUAACAAAAACUGCACUAUGUAUGUUUAGAUGAAAUAUAUAGUUAGGAACAACAUUAUUCAUACACCUGCAAUAUAUUGAUGUUGAUUUUCACUUGACCAAUAUGUUUGUUGUUGAGAAAACCAACAUUAAAUCAAUAUUUGCCAGGGGUAUGGAUAAUUUUCUUCCUAACUGUAUUUGUGAUUAAUUUGGAAUUGUUUAAUAUGUUUAAUAAAACAUUGUGUUAUUCAUACAUUUAAUUAAAAUUAUGACAAGGAAUGGU